AUGUCAUUUCAUUAUCUAUUCAAAGUCAUUCUUAUUGGUGAACCAGUGAUUGAAAAAUCGAAUCUUUUGCUCUCGUUUGCUGAUUAACAUUCUAAACAAAAUAAAGAGACGACUAUUUAUUUGGAGCUUGGAUCAAAAGUUAUCAAAUUAGAUGGAUUAAACAUAAAGUUACAAAUUUGGAAUAUUGCUGAAUCCUUUCAAUCAAUAACUAGAUCAUUUUUUAGAAAUGUAGCAGGAGUUAUUGUAGCUUAUGAUGUUACAAAAAGGGAGAGCUAUGAGAAUGCGGCUAGAUGGAUUGAUGAAGUGAAAUAGAAGGGAGAUCCUAAAUUAUCUAUGCUCUUAGUUGGUAUUAAAGGAGAUUUUGAAUAGUAAUAAAGAAGCUUAAUUUCAUAUAAUGAGGCACUGCAAUAAGCCAAGGAUUGUGGAAUUGAAUUUUUUGAAACCAGCUCUAAAGUGAAAAAGAGCGUUGAAGAAAUAUUUAUAAGAAUGACUUAAAUGAUAUUGGAAAAAGUCAAUCUAGGAGAAAUUGACCCUUAAUUAGAAAAUUUUGGGGUGAAAUUAGGAAGAGAAGAAAGCGCACAUUCUCAUGGGAAUAAAAAUACUGCUAAUUUGAUGUAACUACAAUAAAAUUAACAUCUUGGAGAAAAUACAAUAUCAAAUACUUGUUGGUGA